GACUUGUUUUGAUCUGUCAAAAAAUCAGGCGACUGUGCUAGUCGUUUCACGCAGGAGUUGAUGUCACUGUGACCAAAGUGUAAACGCAAAACGGUUUGUUUUCGAUGAACACGAAGAUAUUUUCGUGCAGUCGUGUUGCCUCAGUUUUCCAGUGUCUUUAAGAGUCUGGCUCGGUGUUUUUAUAAUGCGUUACAUCAGCUAGCAGGCUAACCUGCUGAUAGCAUGCUAGAUUACUGUAUGUUUUAACUAACUUGACGUUAGCUGACAGCAGUGGCAGCUAGCUGCAGGGCGACGGCAGGGCGUAUGUAUGUAGUUGUAUGCUUUCACGUUUUCUAAUUGCACUGUAGGCUAGAUACUGGCGUGAAUCUUGUGCGUAACUUGCUAUAGAUCUGUGACGUUAAUGUUACACUGACAUUUCCAGCAACUACCCUUUAGCCGCUAGCUGCCCAGCCUGUUCCUUGUGUCCGUGUGUAUUUCUCUACAUGCCGACAGCAGUUGUGGCUUAAAUUUAUAACAACUAUGUGAAGAAAACUUAGAAUGGUGUUAGUACUGGACAGAUAACAGUGAUGAAGCCUGAACAUCAGCACCCUGCCAUGGCUGAGGAUGGAAAGCUGAGCCCAAUGGGAGGACGCGCUGGCUCAUCAGGCCGCCUGGGCCGACAGACCUACAAAAGUUCAGCCCAUUUCCGCAGCCUGCUGGACGGCCUGCUGGCUCUCAGACAAAGUGGCACUCUGUUUGAUGUGGUGCUGCUGGUGGAGGGUCGACCCAUCCAAGCCCACCGUAUACUUCUGGCAGCCUCUUGCGAUUAUUUUAGGGGAAUGUUUGCUGGGGGCCUUCGGGAGACACAGCAAAAGGAGAUCCCAAUUCAUGGAGUAUCCUACAUGGCCAUGAAGAAAAUACUUGACUACAUCUACACUUCAGAGAUCGAGUUAGACCUGGAGUGUGUGCAGGAAGUCCUGAUAGCUGCCACGCUAGUUCAGCUUGAGAUUGUCAUCGGCUUUUGCUGUGAUUUCCUUUUCUCCUGGCUGGACGAGAGCAACGUUUUAGAGGUCCAUAAUCUAGCUGAUCUGUACGGACUGCAACAGCUUAAUGCCAGGAUCCACUCCUACAUCCUCAGGAACAUCCAGACUUUGUCUCGCACCGACGUGUACCGACAGCUCCCCCAAGAUGUAGUCUUCAGAGCACUGAACAGUGACGAACUUCAGGUGAACAGUGAGAAUGAGGCGUAUGAGGCGGCUCUUCACUACCACUACAGUCCUGUGCAGGUGGAAACUGACCAGGUCUACUUGCAGGUCAGUCCCAAGGACAAUCUCAAGAUGCUUGAUGCUGUCCGUUUCUGCCUGAUUGAGAAACACAUGUUGCAGAGGCUGUUUGGCAGACUGAACCAGUGUCCACUGAAGGAUUCUGUGUCUGCUGCCCUGCGGUACCAUGAGCAGGAGAUCUGGCAGCCUGUCCUGCAGAGCCCUCUCACCCAGCCACGUUCAACCCUCCACUGCAUAUUGGGCUUUGGGGGUAUGUUCACCUCCAGCUCCCUCACAGACAACGAGCAUUUGUUUCAGGUGUUCCAUCCGAGCUGGGGGGAGUGGAGGACACUCACUGCAGCUCACGCUCCCCGAAUGUCCAACCAGGGCAUUGCUGUGCUCAACAAUUUUGUUUAUCUAAUUGGAGGAGACAAGAACACCAGUGGGUUUCGUGCAGAGACCCGCUGCUGGAGAUACGACCCUCGCCACAACAGCUGGUGCGCUAUCCAGCCUCUGCAGCAGCAGCAUGCCGACCACUGUGUUUGUGUGUUGGGCGGCCAUAUUUAUGCUGUUGGAGGACGGGACUACAGCAAUGAGCUGGACACAGUGGAGCGCUAUGACCCACACACCAACGUGUGGGAGUUUGUAUCACCCCUAAAGAGAGAGGUGUACGCCCACGCAGGAGCAGUGUUAGAUGGGAAAAUGUAUAUAACAUGCGGCCGUAGAGGGGUGGCGUACCUCAGAGAGACCUACAGUUUUGACCCUGUGGCCAAUCAUUGGACAGCAUGUGCUGAAGGGCCGGUGGAGCGGGCGUGGCACGGCAUGACUGCUGUCAACAGACGCAUUUAUGUUAUUGGUGGAAGCAAUGAUGAGCAUAGAUAUCGACGUGAUGUCCUGAAGGUGGCAUGCUUUGACCCUGAAGCCAACUCUUGGUCUUUACUGACCCCCCUCCCUGCAGGACAUGGAGAACCCGGCAUAGCCGUGCUGGACAGUCGCAUCUAUGUGCUGGGAGGACGCUCUCAUGACAAAGGCAACAGGAUGAAAUACGUUCACGUGUACAACACCGACACAGACGAGUGGGAGAAUGAGACGGAGUUUAAGGAGCGAGUCUCUGGGCUGGCAGCCUGCGUGGUGCUCAUGCCACCUGCUGUGAUCAACCAGGCCAGGGGCUGGGAGCAGCGUACCAAGGCCUCAUGGGAAGACGUGGACAUGGACAACUCAGAGGACUCUAGUGAGGACUGAAGCAGCUGUUUUGAACUCAAUGUCUGAGCACUGGAGACUGUCAUGCACUUUUCUGACAAAGCAUGUUGAAGAACAUGGAGGAUUUUUUUUUUUUUUUUUUUUGGCAAUGGUUAUGAGAGCAUCGUGUCCUUCUUGCACUUUGAGUGCCUCUGAACCAAAGUGUCAGUCAGGUUCAGGACAUUUGCACACCUUUUUGUUACUUUUGAAAUAUCUUCUUAGAUAAUCACACUCUGCCCGUGAAUACCUUCUAAUAUGCUACUGUCUGUCACUGAUCCCUCAUGAUUACCUGUCACUGUAGCUGCCUCUACAUUGUUUAUCAUAGAGAGAACCUCUGUAUCCUCAAGGGACAGGAAGCAGCGAGACUUCUGGCUAUGCAAUAACAUGGUAAUAGGAAUGAUUCUCAGCAGCCUGGGUUUUUUCUUUCAGGAUUUUUUGAUAUAGGAUCUUCUGAAAUGUUGUUUAGACUUCAGAGAUUUACAGCCAGUGCUUACAUUUUAGCUAAAUUGUUGAAGCUGAGAAUUAAAGGUCAGGUGUGUAGGAUCUAGUGCAGGGGUCUGCAACCUUUGCCAUUAAAAGAGCCAUUUUUGACCAAAAAUAAUUUUAAAAAAUCUGUGUGGAGCUGCAAAACAUGUUUGAGCCUUAUAAUCAAGGUAAAUAGCCUAUUAAGUCUAAAUUAGCAUAUGCUUAUGGUCUAAAUAAGCAUUUGUUAAUAUGUUUUACCACAAGGUGGACACUACAGGGCACUAUUAAUAAUUAUCUGGUACUUAAAUUUUGCAGAGCUAGCAGUGAGAGCAAACAAAUCUGUCCACGUACUACUGCAUUUUCUAUUUUAUUCAAUUUACUUUUUUGGAUUUGGCAUCCAUAGCUAACCAGCCACUGC